GUCCCACCAGUUAUUCCGUAGUCUACUAAAAACAUGGCGGCACACGCAAGUAAGGCAUUUCUGUCCUUAGGUCGAAUAAAUGUUGCUGGAAUUGGACUACAAAAUUCAGCGAACAGGGUCACCCAUGCAGCAGCUUUGUCCACAAAUUCACUUAAAACGAAUAAAGGCUUUCCUGAGAGAAGUGGAAGAGGAUUUCCCAGAAGACCCAGAAGGGAGCCUGGGGUACCCAGGACAGAAAAGAUGCCGCUGGAUCAAGACUGGACUGCGGUUUAUCCAGCAGCAGCACCCUUCAAAGCGAACGCCGUCCCUCUGCCUGUGAGGAUGGGCUACCCUAAGAAGGGAGGCGUUCCUCCAGACAAGAAGGGCAACCUGGAGCUGAUCAAGAUUCCAAACUUUCUGCAUUUGACACCGGCUGCCAUCAAGAAACACUGCGAAGCCCUGAAACCUUUUUGUACAGAGUGGCCCUCUGCCUUGGAUUCAGAUGCCAAAUGUGACAAGCACUUCCCUAUAAAAGUGGAAAGCACCGACUACGUGUCUGCCGGCCUGUCGAUUAGAAACCCUUCGGCUCGCAUUGUUCACCUCAGAGUUAAGUUGUCCGGUUUGAACCUGGAUGACCACGCACGCAGAAAGCUCAUCAAACUCGUCGGGGAGAGAUACGACAAAGACACUGAUACCCUCACCAUCAGGACCGAAAGCUGCCCACUGAGACAGCAGAAUAAGGACUAUGCCAUGUACCUGCUCACUGUUCUGUACCACGAGUCAUGGAAAACCGAGGUCUGGGAGGCAGAGAAGACCAGGGCAGACAUGGAGGAGUACAGCUGGGCGGACAGCCAGUCUCAAAAAAAUAUCCUGGAUACUCUCGUACGCAUGAAAGUGGCCGGGGAAGGGGAAGGAGAGGAAGUGAGAGAGCAGCUGCUGGGGAGAAAGGACGUGCAGGAGUAUAAGGACUCUGUGAUGAAGCUGAAGAAUGAGGGAGACAGUGAGACUGCCAUGCUGCAGUACAAAGAGGCUGUGAAGAAACUACUCAACCUGUAAAAUACUCCUGUAGAUAGAGCAACCAGAUAUUAAAACUUCAAGGGUCUCAAUGUAUUUAUUUUCCAGAAGUGUCCUGCCAUAUCAGCUGUACGACUAUGUCUUUGAUACAGAAGUAAAGUCUAAUGCAUCCUGCUUUAAACAUAA